UGAUGUGUACAGUCAAAAAAUUUUCAGUAAAUGCUUACUUUAAUGAUCCCAGUUGAGAUUUUGAAAAAAAUACAAUUAUAUUUGGAUUUCCAUUGGUAAAGUCAAGGAAAUGUAAAGUUUAUUUUGUGUAUAGCUAAGCUAAUAACGGUUCCUCAUGAGAAACGGUAUACACUUAGCUCAGAAUGAAAGACGUACAAUGGCAGAAAAAUUUAUAUGAAAAUUACGGAUUACCGGAUAAUUACACGGACAGUUCCUUCUUAGAGCAAUUACGUAAAAAUAUAAAACCGAAUAACGUGACGAUAUUAGAAGCGAUAAGCUUGGGUGCCAGCAUAUCCACGAAAUUAAGCGUCGUCGUACUUUUCGUCAUGGUAUUUAUUUGGCUGAACAACGAGUGGACCACACCGAACGUUAUCGUAAUAUCAGGAAGCAUGUUGACGAUUCUUGGAUAUUUUACAUACAAUAUGAAAAUACCAGAUCGAUCUGUAAAAUCAACAAAGGACCUGUGGACAGUAUUAAUAUUUUUAACCUUUGGAUAUAUAUUAUCACCCAUUUUGAAAACCUUGACGGAAACGAUUAGUACCGAUACAAUCUACGCUAUGACGAUAUUGAUGUUCUUGAUCCAUUUAAUAUUCAGCAAAUAUGGGUCGUCACAUAUCUUUCUCUCGGACUCUUUGUCCAUAACUUCUUCAAUCUUCGGCUCAUUAAUGUUGGCUUCUAGAUUAGCAUCACCAUUACAUGCCUUUUCAUUAUUAUCAGUUUCAGUUCAGUGCUUCGUACUAUUACCUUACCUACUGUCACAAAUAAAUAAUCAAAUUAUUAUAUCAACCGUUCUGACAAUUUGUACCAUAUAUUUGCUUUCGUUUGUUUCACAAAUAUUUUCCUACGUUUUUAUUAUCGCUGUAAUAUUCAUUCAUUUCAUUUGUCCAUUCUGGUACAUCAGAUGUCAAAAAUAUAAAGAUAACAUUUAUGGUCCUUGGGAUGAGGCAGUAAUCGCUUCUUAA